GCCCCGGGUGGCGCAGUGCCGGUGCCCCCGGGGGUACGGUCCCGUGCGCCGGCGGUGCAGCCCCGUGUCCGGGCGCCGGCGCGGCCCCUCCGCUGUCGGUCGCUCCCCGCCUGCGCCGCCGCCGCUCUGGGCUGACGCUGCCGGGCCCGCCCCACUCCGCCGCCGCGCGGCCUCCCCGGGCACAUGUUGGCGCAGGCCCACGGUGCCGGUCCCCGCAGGCGAUGGGGGCGUGUGAGCCCCCCAACUUCUCGUGGGUAGCAGAGGGGCGGCUGGCGGGGCUGGCCAUGCCGCGGGAGCCGGGCCACUACCGGUUCCUGCUGGGCCAGGGCGUGCGGCACCUGGUGUCGCUGUCGGAGCGGGCACCGCCGCACCACGGCUGCUGCCCCGCCAUCCGGCUCCACCGGCUCCGCAUCCCCGACUUCACCCCCCCGACGCCCGAGCAGAUCCAGAGCUUCCUGCAGCUGGUGGAGGACGCCAACGCCCGCGGCGAGGCCGUGGCGGUGCACUGUAUGCUGGGGUGCGGGCGGACGGGCACCAUGCUGGCCUGCUACCUGGCGAAGGUGGGGAAGAUGAGCGGCGACAACGCCAUCCGGGAGAUCCGGCGGCUGCGGCCUGGCUCCAUCGAGACGCAGGAGCAGAAGGAAGCCGUGAUCCGGUUCUGCCAGCGCCUUCGCACUGGAGAGGACAACGAGGAGCCGUGAGCGCGACCAACUCCCCGAGGCAGCCUGUGAUGGACGGGUUCGAUGGAGACGGUCACCCCAAGGUGCUGCUGUCUGUCCCCUCCCGCAUUAAAGGACUCCCUUGUGGCUUCUC